AUGACUGAGAGUCCUACAAAUUCAGUUUCUAGUAGCCUAUCUCCUACACAAGAUCCAACUAGUGUUUACUUAAUUCAUCCUUCUGAAAAUCCUACUUUACCUCUCGUUUCUGAGCGUUUUAGUGGAGUUGGAUAUGGUGAAUGGAAGAGGAGCAUGAUCAUAGCUCUUUCUGCUAAAAAUAAAAUGGCAUUUAUUGAUGGAACACUAGAAAAGCCUCGUGAAAUGAUAAAUUCUAUCCUGCCUGGGAAAGCAAGGGAGAUUUGGCAAGACUUAGAAGAAAUAUUUUCACAAAGUUCUGAACCUCAAUUAUAUUCCUUACAACAAUCACUUCAUGAUCUGUUUCAAGAUUCUUCAGCAUCUGUUGCUGAAUUUUUCACACAGAUCAACAGUAUUUGGGAUGAAAUGAGUGCCAUGAAUCCAAUUCCUAUUUGUGCUUGCACUGGAUGUACAUAUGGUAUCACAAAACAAAUUUUCAAACAACAACAAGAUGAAAGACUAAUUCAACUCUUGAUGAAGAUUGAUAACAAAUACAGUAAUGUUAGAAGUAAUCUUCUUAUGAUGCAACCUCUACCAAACAUUCAACUAGCUUAUAGAUUAUUAAGUCAGGAAGAAAAGCAAAGGCAAACCAGUUCUUUAACUAUUGAGAACAUGGGACAUAUGUCUUUUGCAGCUGCUGAUCAGAAAGACAAAUAUUCAGUUACAAAGGGGCAUAAUGGAGGCAUUAAAGUAAAUUCCAACAACAAAAGGAAUUAUUCCUCCACUGGAACUUUUUCUUAUGAUUUCUGUCACACGCCAGGUCAUACUAAGGAGAGAUUUUACAGACUCCAUGGAUUUCCUGUUGGUUAUGGUAUAGGAAAAGGAUAUAAUGGCAAAGGGAAGAAAGUAGCUGCUAUGGCUCAUGGAGAAAUUGACAAUGAUGAGAAUGAUGUUGAUGAUGAAGUUCCUAUUUCAGUUAGUCAAUACAAUCACCUUCCUGCAACUUAUCAACAAGCAAGCACCUGA